AUGGAUUUAAAAGAAGCUUUUGAAAAUAAAUUAGAAAUUAUAAAUACCCCUUCUAAGUCUGAUCCUAGAAAGUUUAAUGUUACUGUUAAUUGGACUGAACCAACUCAACUUAAUAAUUCUUAUAUUAUUAUUGGUCUUUAUGCACAUAAACGAAAGGAUGAUAAAAAUUAUAUUACUUAUGAAUACGUAAAAGAAAGUCAAUCUACUUACUCAUUUAAUGCUGAUGUUCCAGCUGGAUAUUAUGAUAUACGUAUUUGUACAUAUUCUGGAAUGACUAGAUUUGCUGUUUAUACUCGUGUUUGUGAACUUUCAAAAUAUUUUGUUGGAAAAUAUUUUGCUGGAAAACCUGUUGAUAAUGAUUUUACAGUUAAAGUAGAAAGAAAACAACAAGACCCAGAAAUUUUAGUAUCAAUCAAUUUACCAGCAGAAGAUGGAGAUUUUAUUGGUAUGUUUGAAGCUUCAUGUCUUAGUAUGAAAGAUAAUUAUAUGAUUGGAUUGCAGCACACUGUUUUUGGUGAAGGUAAUCUUCAACGUUAUUUUGAUAUUAAUUUGAAAGAGUUAGGUGAUACCACAGGAAAAGAAUAUCAAAUAAGGUAUUUUAGAAAAGACUGUGAAUAUAAAAAUAAGCUUGAUAUUUCUAGAGUUCCAUUUGCUUUUUCUGAACCAUUUAAACUUUAA